AUGGCUAUCUCCAAAGGCGAACAGAUCCCCAACACCACCUUCAUGUACGUCCCCUGGGCUCCCGAGCUCGCUGACGGUACUGCCUGCGGUGCUCCCACCAAGGUGCAGACUCACGACGAGUUCAAGGGCAAGAAGGUCGUCAUCGUCGCCGUCCCCGGUGCCUACACUCCCACUUGCCACGUCAACCACAUCCCCCCCUACAUCAAGCAGGUUGAGGCCUUCAAGUCGAAGGGAGUCGACCAGAUCAUCGUGCUCGCCCAGAACGACCCCUUCGUCAUGUCGGCCUGGGGUGUCCAGAACAAGGCCGAGGACAAGGUCAUCUUCGCCACCGACCUCAACCUCGAGUUUUCCAAGGCCAUCGGCUCCACCGCCGACCUCAGCGCCAUGGGCUUCGGCGAGCGCACUGGCCGCUACGCCCUCAUUGUCGAUGACCUCAAGGUUGUCGAUUUUAGCCCUGAGCCUAGCCCGGGCGCUGUCGAGGUAUCCGGUGCCGACCACGUCCUGGCUAAGCUCUAA